AUGUGUAGCUCCGAUAUCUUCCUGGCCGUGCUGGCCGUCUUCUUCCCGCCCAUCGCCGUCUGGAUCAAGGCAGGUAUCUGCUCCGCUGACUCCAUCAUCAACAUCGCCCUCUCUCUACUCGGCUACGUCCCCGGUCUCAUUCACGCAUGGUACAUUAUCCUCAAAUACCCAGAUCCCGACUACGACGAUGCAGCCUACGAGCCUAUCCCCGGUGGCUCCAGCCAGCGCCGCGAUCUCGAAGAUGGUCGCGUGACCUACUACUACGUCUCACACCAGCCUCCCCAGAAUCCCACCCAACGCGGAUACGGAACCGUGGACCAGCAACCACGUCCUCAGGCUGAUGCUUCCAGCCACCCGCAAGGCCAAGGUGGCAGCAGCCAUGCGCCCCCCACCUACGCCGAGGCUGUGAGGGGUGACCACAAGGUGCAGACCCAAGAUUGA